AACUAUAAGCCUACCCCGAUCCCUCCCUUUCUUCCCUCUCUCUGCUUCGCACUCUUGUUCUUCUCUCGAAGCUGAGUUGGUGACCCGAAAACCCGAACCCGAACGAACGAAUUCCAGAGCGGCAUGAGUUAGCAAUCGAAACUGAAAACCCCUAGACCCUCAGCCCUAGGGUUUUUUUAAUUUUUGUAAUUUUCAUUUCUUUUUGGGGGUUAAUUGUUAAUUUUCGAUGCUGGGGUGAAAAAAUUUUUGGGCAUCAAAGAAGAAGAAGAGAUGUAUAGGGAGCGAGGGGUGGGUGGGUCGAAGACGACGGAGGUGGUGGGGCCCGCCGUUGAUCGGAAGCGGAUCAAUGACGCUCUGGACAAGCAGCUCGAGCGAUCCUCGCCUUCCACUUCUAGGGCAAUCAAUGGCAAGGAUAAGCCGCUUAUCAUGGGGGGAAAGCAGCCUCCAUCUGAUCACAGAGACUCUCGCUCUGCCUCUGCCUCUCUCGCCAAAACCAAUUGCUCCGAUGAGGAAUCUGAAACAGACAGUGAAGAGUCGGAUGUUAGUGGUUCAGAUGGGGAUGACACAUCUUGGAUCUCAUGGUUUUGCAAUUUACGAGGAAAUGAAUUUUUUUGUGAAGUUGAUGAUGAUUACAUACAAGAUGAUUUUAACCUCUGCGGGCUAAGCAGUCAAGUGCCAUACUAUGAUUAUGCACUUGAUUUAAUUUUGGAUGUUGAAUCUUCUCACGGUGAUAUGUUCACAGAAGAACAAAAUGAAUUGAUUGAAUCAGCAGCAGAGAUGCUUUAUGGUCUAAUUCAUGUUCGAUAUAUAUUGACAAGCAAAGGCAUGGCGGCCAUGCUAGACAAGUACAAAAACUAUGAUUUUGGGAGAUGCCCAAGAGUUUUCUGCUGCGGACAACCCUGCCUCCCAGUUGGCCAAUCGGAUAUCCCACGGUCAAGCACUGUAAAAAUAUAUUGCCCCAAAUGUGAAGAUAUCUACUACCCUCGAUCGAAGUAUCAAGGUAACAUUGAUGGAGCCUACUUCGGAAGUACAUUUCCUCACCUGUUCUUGAUGACAUAUGGGAACCUGAAGCCACAGAAGGCAUCACAGAGCUAUGUUCCUAGAGUAUUCGGAUUCAAGCUUCACAAGCCAUGAUGCUGGAAUUUCAAGCUUCAGCUAGGGUGGAGUUCAUGUGAGACUUGCUUCCCUCUGUCAUUAAUGCUCUUGAGAGUGACGUGGAGUUACUCCUCCAAAUUAUCACAAUAUAGAUUCCCUCUUAAUGUGUUCUCGGAUACACUAUCAAUCAUAUUUGCAGCCAUUCCAAGCUUCAUUUUCAAUUUUAGCUGCAUCUUGGUGAGCUUCUAUAGAACUUCUCAGUUUGGUUUUAGUAUUAAUAAGUACUUUGUAGUGGUUUCUGCCGACAUGUUUUCUUCAUUUUCUUAUUAGCUCAAGUUGGAUUAUUUACACUCCGAGAAUAGCCACUUCAUCUCACUACAAUUUUCUUCUAUCCUCAGAAUGUCUUAUUUA